UGCUAUUUCUUACUUGGUGGAAAAAGAACGAUUUCAUAUGCAAGAAGUAUGGGUCCAAUGAGUACUUUUAUAAAUUCAGCUCAUGAGGAAAUAGAAGCAUUAAAAGGGCAUGGUAAUCAUUGGAUGUGCAAAGGAAAACGAACCUUAGCAGUAGCUGUCACAUUAUUACAGAAAAAUGAAAUUAUAGCAGUUCCAACGGAUACAAUAUAUGGUUUUGCUUGUCUUGUAUCAAGCACCAGUGCCAUUGAAAAACUCUACGAAAUUAAAAAACGCGAAGUAGACAAGCCAUUAUCUAUUUGUGUUAAUAACUUGAAAGAUAUACGAAGAUGGGGCGUUGUAGAUCAUGUGCCAAUUAAUUUGUUAUCUUCGUUAUUACCAGGACCAUAUACCAUCGUUCUCAAACGAACUCCUGCAUUAAAUCCUGCUUUGAAUCCCAAUCAUGACACGGUAGGCAUCAGAAUUCCAAAGUAUAAAUUUAUAAGGCAUGUAAGUGAAGUAGCAGGACCUUUAGCGCUAACAAGUGCUAAUAUAAGUAAUGAACCCAGUUGCAUAAAUGUUUCGGAAUUUAAAAACUUAUGGAACAAAUUAGGUGGAAUAUUUCAUGACUCUGCAAAUUUUGGUAAAGCGCGUAAAUAUUCGAGAUGUGGAUCAACAAUUAUUGAUUUAACCGAACCGGGACAUUACAAAAUUAUUCGUCGUGGGAUUGGGGUGAAGCGGGCUGAACAUGUGUUACAAAAAUGCAAUAGACAAUAUAUUUCUAAGCAGAGCGAUUGCGCUGUUUAGAUUUUGUGUCGAAAAGUCCCAGUACAUUUGAACGCUACAGACGACUAACGAUAUUUUGUAUUUCAUUAUUAUCUUCUCAAUAAUUUUUAUUGAAUAAAACUUGAAAUAUUUAUAAACUAAUAGUAUGCAUAUAUAAUAAUAUAGAUGUAUUUCAUAAAAAUAACAAAUAUGGCGAACGCUAUUGCGCCGCUGGUUUCUCUUCGCAAUCGAUUAAGACAAACGCUAUCGCGCUGUUCAGGAUUUUUCGACCCUGUUUUUUCAAAGACCCCUGCGACUCAAACGGUUAAUGUUACGUAUAGGUAUAAAUAUAAGAUAUAAAAUGUAAAAAAACAUAUUUUGAUUUUUAUAUAUUUAAAAUGAUGAAUAAUAUAACAAAAAUAAGGAUGAGCACUUAAAUUAAAUAUUAAGUAAAAAAUAAAAUAAUUAAUAAUAUAGAUAA